GAAUCAAUAAACUCUCACAAAAAAUUUCUUCCCUCUUCUCCCCGCCUCCAGAAACAAGCAAAAAGGGAUAAAAUUCGCAGCCCCCAAAUUCACAGCUCUCUCAAUUUCUAAGCUAUCUUGUAGUCCAGUGUUUUGGCUCCACCUCCAGUCGAUGCCCAUUUGUUAAAUUGAGGGGAUUGUUUGAGAUUGGAACGACGCCGCGUGAAGGGAAGCAGCCACCGCCGCCGCUGAAGUAGUGAAUCAGUUGAUUUUCAUGCCUCCGGAGCCAUUGCCUUGGGAUCGAAGGGAUUUUCGGAAGCACGACAGAUCCGCCUCUGCCGUCGCCGGAGGAUUGGGCCGCGGCGGGAUUCACAAAUGGAGGGACCAGCACCAGCAGCAGCCGCACCGCAACCACCACGCUCCGCCUCCAUAUCAUCAGCAGCAGCAGCAGCGGUGGUAUUCUGAUUUCCGCUCCCUUGGUCAGAGCAAGCAGGGUGGUUGGUCUAUGUAUUCUGGUGAUCCUGGCCAAGGCGUUGCGCCUUUUAGUUCACGGUUUGAUAGAAAUUUGGAAAAUGAACGUAGCCAAACCUUUAGCACCCGUGGUAAUGGAAGGUAUUAUAAGAAUAAUAGGGGUUCCUUUACCCGGAAAGAGUGGAAAGGCCCCUCUUGGGAAGCUGCUGUACCACAUAAUUCAACUGGAGAAACUAUCACUGAAGUAAACAACCCGAGGUCCAUAGAAUACAUCCAACCAUGCCACAAUAGCAGCAGCAGAAGCGACAGGGUCUCUCAUGCCCCGCUUGAUUCUAUAAGUGUAUCAGAUCAAUCCCUAACUGAAUCUCUCGUGAAGGAGAAAGUGGAUAACAUUACUGAUGAGACGACUGGUAAAGGUCAAGAAUCUGAAAAAGAGAACUGCUUGGGGCCAGUAGAGUUGGAACCUCUAAAGUGGAGCCAGGUGGGCAGUACAUGUAUCAAUCAUUCUACCAGCUCAAAGAGUCUAGGGCAGGAUUCUAUUGAGGUUCUGACUGAAGUGCAGCUGAAGAAUGCAAUUCCCAGCAAGUCUCUUACUGUAGAUGUUUCUUGUGAUAGAUCAAAUAGUCCCACCCAAUCUGAAGAUACUGGAUCUAGGAAAAAAAGGCGCCUUGGUUGGGGUGAGGGACUGGCAAAGUAUGAGAAGAAGAAAGUCGAUGGCCCUGAAGAUGGUACUACCAAAAGCGAAUCCUCUAUUAGUGUCGUUAGUACAGAAUCACCUCAGUCUCAAUCCGUCAACCUGGUUGAGAAGAGUGCAAGAGUUGAAAGAUUGUUGGAGUGUGCCUCACCUGCUACUCCAUCUUCGGUUGCUUGUAGUUAUUCACCAGAUGUUCUCGAAGAAAAAUCUGCCAAGGAGGCAAAUAUGGAUUGUGAUGCUAGUAAUGUAAGCUGUUCUCCCAGUACUGCAUCCCUGUCACACUAUGCUGGUUCACCUAUUAACUUACAAAAUUUGGAGCUUGAAUCUAUUACGAAUUUGAGCUCUUUGAUAAAUGAAUUACUACAGCCCAAUGAUCCAUGUUCUGCAGAAUAUGGUGAUACUCAAAGGAUAUCCAUGGAUAAGUUGUUGGUAUGGAAGGUAGAUGUAUUGAAAGCACUUGAAAUUACAGAAUCUGAGAUUGAGUCACUUGAAACGGAACUGAAGUCAUCAAUAUCUCACCCAGCCGGUCCCAGGACAUCGGUAGGAGAGCAGCAAUCAAAACCUUGUGAAUUGCUAGAUACUGCUUCCAGAUAUGGUGUUGGGCAUGCUGUGUCCAAAGAUGUGGAUACGGAUAGCCCAGGCAGUGCUACGUCGAAAUUUGUGGAUGUGCCUGCCAUCUUUUCACCUGAGAAAGAAGAAUUUUCAGAAGAUUCUAGAAAUGUGGAUGUGGACAAAUCUUGCAACUUGGAUACGAAAUGUUUGAAGAAUGUUUCCAAUUCUCCCGAAAGCCAUGGGUAUGUCAGUAGUAAUGUACUUACUAGGAAUACUAUUCGUGAGGAUCGCGACGUGGGCAAUAUUUGGGGCGCAAUACUCUCUUCCAAUAGGGAUGCUUCCAGCAGAGCUUUGGAGGAGAUAAAUAAGUUACUGCCCAAACAGUGCCGUUUUGAUGGUUCUGUUGAUUCUUUCUUCUCUUCUUUGCCAAGCAAUUCCUCUGCAGUUAAGGAAAGAUUUCUAAAGAGGAAGCAAUUUCUCCAGUUCAAGGAGAAGGUUUUGGUCCUCAAGUUUAAGGUAUUUCAACAUUUCUGGAAGGAAGGCCAAGUAGUUUCUAUCAAGACACUUCGAGGGAAAACUCGGAAGAAGUUUGAUCCAAGUCGAAAUGGCCAUAAAAGACAUCGUUCUCGAGUUUCUUCUUAUGCUGGAGGUUUUCAAACAGUUCCUGCCGAUGAAGUGAUCGACUACGUGAACAAUUUGCUUUCACAGUUGGCAUUCAAACCCAAUAGGAAUACUCUGAAGAUGCCAGCUUUAAUUUUGGACAAGAACGUGAAGAUGUCAAGGUUUAUCACAAACAAUGGUCUUGUCGAAGAUCCUUUUACUGUUGAAAAAGAAAGGUCUAUCAUUAACCCGUGGGCAACUGAAGAGAGAGUAAUUUUUAUCAAAAAGCUUGCUGCCUACGGGAAGGAUUUCAGGAAGAUAGCAUCUUUUCUGGAUCAUAAAACCGUGGCAGAUUGCAUCGAGUUCUAUUACAAAAAUCACAAGUCAAAAUGGUUUGAGGAAGCUAGAAAGAAUUCCGGCUUCAUCAAGCAAAGAAAAUCCCAAACAACAAAUUACCUUGUUGGUUCGGGGAAAAGAAGGAAUCGUGAGUUCAAUGCUGCUUCUCUUGAUAUGUUGGGUGCAGCUUCUGAGAUUGUGGCUAACAUUGAUAAGGGCAUGGAUGUCCGGCAGAAAGGCGUAUCAAGAUCCUCUCUUGGUGGUGCAUCUAGUUCUUGCGCCCCCCCUAGGGUCGUUGAUCAUCUGUUGAAGGGGUCUGACAGUAAGGAUAUGGACAACAAUGAUAUGGAGACAGAAGCUGCUGAUGUGUUAGCUGGCAUUUGUGGCUCCUUAUCGCCUGAGACUACGAGUUCUUCCAUCACAAGUUCUGUUGACCUUGGUGACGGUUACAAAGAUACGAGCUGUCCACGAAUCAGUCCGUCUGUAAAAUGGCCUUUGACCCCUGAGGUCACUGAGGAUGUUGAUAGUGAGUGCUCGGAUGAGAGCUGCGGCGAAAUGAAUUCAACUGAUUGGUCAGAUGAGGAGAAAUCCAUCUUCAUUCGGGCCGUGUCAUCUCAUGGGAAAGAUUUUCGUAUGGUCUCUCAUUGUGUCCGAACAAAAUCUGCCAAUCAGUGCAAGGUGUUCUUUAGCAAGGCUAGAAAGUCCCUUGGGUUGGAUAUGGUUCAGCUUGGCUCUGGAGCUGCAUCAGGUGAUGUUGAUGGAGGUGGUAGUGACAUCGAAGAUGAUUGUAAUAUGGGGACUUACUUGGGCACUAGCAACAACAGCUCAGAAUACGAGACAAAGGAGACUUCCCCACCACCUCGCAUGAAGUCUGAUCAUGAAUCUGAGAUUGUGGAUAUGGCUCCUGAAGUUAAAACAUUCGAAGGGAAUCAAGGACAAUGCCCUCUUGAUUCUACAACUGGUGAACUGGUUCUAGAGAAUUCAGCUUUAGUUGCUCGUGGGGAUGAUAAGCCAGUUAAAGAUGUCCAAUAUCCUCAAACUACAGCUGUUGCCUUGAAUAUGGAGUCCAGACGAGGGGCUAAAGAAGAAGUUCCAGACUGGCCAAAUGAGGCUGAGAAGGGGGCUUUAGUUAAGGUCUCGAAUGGCAAUGGUGCUGAAGAAAAACAAUGUGACGUACCUCUUUUACCCAAAGUUCAUUUAUCUGAUUCUACUGAUGUUAAUGACACAGGCCAUGAAACAUGCUGGAAGAAAUUUGAGCUUUCUCAUACCUCUGUUGAUACACAUUCUUCUACACAAACUUGUAAGAAGUUCAAUACCCCAAAAGAGGCCAAUGUUGGAAUGUGUUCUGCUGAAAAAUCUAGUGUCAGCUCGUUGCCACAGAAUGGCCGCUUAGCAUCCGUGGCUUCAACAUCAAUAUUUUCAGUUCCUAUUAAAUACAGUGAUACUCCAAACCGCAACGCUUUACUACCUGUUGAGGCUAAUGGGAAUGAUGGAACACAUCUUUCUAGCUACUCGUUGGGAUCUUCCCAGAUUCUCCAGGGGUACCCCCUUUCCUUGCAGACUAUGAAAGGGACAAAGAGGGAUGUCAGCUCUGCUCGUCAUGGUGAACAUUCGAAUUCAGAUUGGCAUACAGAUUUCUCACUUCAGAAGUGCAAGGAAGCAAGGAAGAAUGAUCUCUCGUUUCCACCUCCGGAACGAGUCAGGGAUCGUUCAACUCCACCGCAAUCAAGCUGCUCAUCUGCUGGUGACAACAAUCCUCCGAGAAAAGGUGAUGUGAAAUUGUUUGGUAAGAUCUUAUCAUCUUCCCUGCAGAAACCCGUUGAACGAGCUGGUGAGAGUAGCAGCAGCCAGAAUCAAAGACUCAAACUCAUUUCCGAGCAGAAGGAUUCUGCCCAGUCAAAGUUCGACUGCAAUGGCUACGCUCCCCCUGAGAAGAUGCCUGCUAGGAGAUUCACGCUUUGGGAUGGAAACAGGAUACAGACAACACCGGUCCCUCCCAUGCUGGAUUCUGCUCGCCUGCUGGCCAAAUACCCCUCUGCAUUUAGCAAUUUCAUGCCAUCUUCGUUGCAUGGCCCCGUUGAUGGCACUUCUGUUUUCCAAAGAAGAGAGAUGUGCAGUAGCAUUGGUGUGAAGCAGGUACAAGAUGAUACGCUGGCUGAAAUGCAGAGAAGAAACACACUCAAUGCAGCUGCAGGAACAUCGUCGGGUGUUGGCAUUGCUGGACAAGGAAGGAUGAUGUUUGGAGGUGAGUAUCCUAACCUUACAGAUCCAGUGGCGGCCAUCAAAAUGCACUAUGCUAGGAUGCAGGGAGGUAACAUCGUCUUCGACACCGAUGGUAGAUGGAUUAACAGUAGGGAUGUAGGCAGGUAGUAGAAACACUUGCAAUCCAUACUUUCUUCUUUUUUUGCUCGCAUUGUAUAAUAGUUUUUGACAUUUGUAUUUGUAGCUGUACUAUUGCUUCUGUCUUUGUUGCAUCUGAUCAAAUACUACAGUAACUUUAUCCAAAUUUUGUUCAACUC